CUAAGGGAGAUAAUUCAAGUUACCAGCAGAGGUCGCUGCCAAUUCGUACAACAUCAACAUGGCAUAUCAAUGGGGAUUCGUGAAGAAGAAGAAAAUAACUUAAUUGGAAGAAAAACAGAACAGAGACGAGCUGACACGCUUCGUUUAAUACACAUUUAUAUAUGUAUUUUGUGUGUCGUGUGCUUCUGGAUCAGUGCAUCACACAAUCCGUGUCCCUCGCGUUAUCUUUAGCAAUUAUUUAUACUAAUUAAGGGAGUACCUUGGGGUGUGUUUAUUACUUUUUUACUUGCUUCCUUUGUGUAUAUAUAUAUAUAUAUAUAUAUAUAUAUAUAUAUAUAUAUAGAUAUAUAAUAUAUAUAUAUAUAUAGAGGGCUAUCAGGAAAUAUACCUGUAUAAAUACAAUUCAUACUACGCACAGAAGGAAAUUAAAAGAAAAAUGAGCGCAACAUGACCAAAUUGAUGUAAUACAUAUAUAUAUAAAUGUAAAUAUAUUUAUGUAAUAUAUAUAUAUAUUUUGCCAGUUAUAUAUCUCGUCUCUUGUAAUAUAGAAAGCUACAAGAAUAUAUAUAGCGCUCAUACAUACGCACAAAAGGAAGAAAGAGUCAACACAAGCUAAAUAUGAUCAAAUUGAAGUUAUAAUACAUACAUAUAUAUAUACAUAUUUAUGUAAUUUAUAUAUACAUUGUCAGUUAAUAUAUACCAUCUCUUGCGUCUAAAGGAUGGCAGGUGACAAUAUGAUGUAGAGCCUCGGACCCAAGUGUCCAGGACGAAGAGAGAGAGCGAGAGAGAGAACUAUAUUUGACUGGCAGACUAUUACUCUAUUAACACCUGAAAAUGCAUCACCGAAGUACACACCAGGCAGGUAGCUGCUUCUGUUGUGUGGCUUUGAAACCUCGCUAUAAAAGAUUAGUGGAUAAUAUAUUUCCCACCGAUCCACAGGAUGGCUUGGUUAAAAGUAAUAUGGAAAAACUGUUAUUCUAUGCCCUGAGUACACCUGAAAAGUUGGACCGAAUUGGAGAGUAUCUGGCACAGCGUGUUAACAGAGAUAUUCAUCGACAUCGACGAAUAGGAUUUGUCUUCCUUGCAAUGGAUGCCUUAGACCAGCUUCUAGUGGCCUGCCAUGCUCAAGCCAUUAAUUUAUUUGUGGAGAGCUAUCUUAAGAUGGUGCAGAAGUUGCUCGAGUACGACAACGUGGACCUGCAGAUUCUUGCCACAUCUUCAUUUGUAAAAUUUACCAACAUAGAGGAAGAUACACCAUCAUACCAUCGUCGUUAUGAUUUCUUUGUGUCGCGCUUUAGUGCCAUGUGCCAUUGUGAUGAAGUUUCUGAAAGUGACCGACUCAAGAUCCGCACAGCAGGUCUGCGAGGUAUCCAAGGAGUUGUACGUAAAACAGUUAGUGAUGAGUUACAAGUGAACAUAUGGGAGAGUGUACACAUGGACAAAAUAGUUCCAUCAUUGCUGUACAACAUGCAUGAUCCCAGAAUGACUGAUGAAGAUGACAAUGCAACGGAGUCAUUUUAUAUCAGCUCGGAUUCAUUGGAACCCGAGAGUCCCAGAAACGAGGAUGACCCAGCGCUUGUAGCAGCAACCACAUUCCGCGAUCUUGUUUGUCGUGCCUCAUUCGGAAGUAUUAAAUCUGUACUGAAGCCUGUCUUAGUCCACCUUGAUCUACAUAAGCUCUGGGUUCCGAAUGAUUUUGCCAUCAAAUGUUUCAAAAUUAUCAUGUAUUCCAUUCAAGCAAAAUACAGUUACUUGGUUCUACAGAUGUUGAUGAGUCACCUAGACACACAUCAGAAGAGUGAACCGAUGAUCAAAGCCAACAUUAUAGACGUUCUUUUCCAAACAGUAUUAAUUGCCGCUGGUGGAUCUGUCGGUCCAUCAGUGCUGGAAGUAUUUGAUACACUUCUACGACACCUUAGGGUAUCUGUUGAUUCCAAGUAUGAGGAAGCAGAGAAAACUGAAAUGGAGAGGAAAUUCCAAGAGGUCAUAAUCAACACAAUUGGUGAGUUUGCCAACAACCUGCCUGAUUACCAAAAGAUUGAUACCAUGAUGUUUGUAUUGGGAAAAUUACCUCAGAAAACCAAUCAUGAAGACUAUGGGACUCCGCCAAUAGAUAUUCAACUACAGAACAUGUUAUUGAAGACUCUAUUAAAAGUGGCGACCAAAUACCAAACGGUUGUCAUGAUGAAUGCUUUCCCACCAGAAUUCCUCAUCCCCUUGUUGAGGAUGUCACAGGUUGAGGAGCCUGCUUUGCGCCUCAUUGUGCAAGACAUCCUCCACACCCUCAUUGAUCGCCAUGGAAACACUCAGAAGCUGAAAAACGUCUGUAUGUUGAAGGAUCUCUCUGAGCUGACCAUUGAAACCACCCCACGUCAAGAUAUCAUGUUUAUGAAGAAGAAUGGCAACCAUUUUUAUCAUCACCUCUAUGAAAAUAUUGAAAUGAACUCAAACCAUGUGGAGAACUUUGAGGCCCUUUACUGCACCAUGGCUCUGAUACUAGUUGAGCUUGGUAGUAGUGAUAUAAUUGUUGACCUCUGCAGACUUGCUCUUGAUGUACAGCACAUGGUGUGCACGAACAACCACCUUCCGAUCACCCACAAGUGUGCCAUUCAUGGUCUGUUGGCUGCUUACUUAAAUCUGCUAUGUCAUUUGAUGUCCAUUCCUGCAUUCUCAGAACAUGUCAACCAGGUGCUUGAAUCCCGAUCACAGGAAGCCUCAUUCCUGCUGCCAGAGUUUGCCUUCAAUCGUAAAAACAAGCCUAGCAGUUAUCCGAUUGAUUUCACACUCCGAGAGAACUGGUUGUUCUCCCAGAAAGCCAUAGCUGAGAGCUUACAGAACAGUGGUCAUGAUACUGCUGGUUUGGAUGUUCCUUUCAGUCUGAGACCUCUUGGUAUAGGUGACACCAGUGAUAUGACACACAGCACAAGUGAUAUCCAUUCGGUGAACCUGGAUUUUGAUAGCACUAAUGGAUCACCUACAGUACCAAAGAAAGUCGAUGAUGUCACGUUCGAUGCACUCAAGAAAAUGCUCAAUGAAGAAGAAACAGUGAAUAAAGAUGAAGAAGAAAAGAAAAGGCUGCAAAUCUUUACAAGUUUCAGAGAUGCACCAUUUGAGGAAAUAAUGGCCAGGUCUGAAGCCAAGUCCAACCAGUUCCACAACAAGCUUAACGAAAUCCUGGAUCUUGUGUCUAAUCCACCUGAAAGUCCAUCAUCCACCACCAAUCUCAGUUCACCCGAUCCUGCAGUUGCUGUCUUCUCUAUGCAGAUUCCAGACCUCUAUGUCUACUGAUCUGCUUUGCGUCUCUUUUUCAUUGUUUCCUCCAAGCAAUGAACCAGUGAUUUGGUGGCGAGGGGUGUGGGGGGCUAGGAGCUGGUGAACAUGUGUACCUCUUCGUUUUUACUGAUGUGUGCGUGUGUGUAUGCAUGGUAGUGCAUGUGUGAGAUGCCACCUGUGAAUAUCUAUACAUGUGAAUCUAUUAAGUUUAUGCAUGCCUACCAAUGAGUGUACGUGCUGCGUGAAUCUGUAUAUGUAU